UUGAGCGUAGUAAGAGAUCAGAAGCAAAAAUGGCUAAGCUACUUGGUCACCACCUGGUUUAUCUCAUCCUCUUUCUGUCUGUCUUCCUCCUCUUUGCAUCGACUGAGAUGGGAAUGGUGGAAGCAAGAAUCUGUCAAAGGCGGAGUAAAACAUGGACAGGGUUAUGUGUGAACACUGGCAACUGCCAUCGUCAGUGUAGGAACUGGGAAGGUGCUCAGCGUGGAGCUUGUCAUGCUCAAUUCCCAGGGUUCGCAUGCUUCUGCUACUUUAAUUGUUGAUUGUUUAUCAACCGCAGCAGCAGCCAGCAAUUUCUGUGACCUCAAGCUUUGAUAUCCAGUUACUUAUAUGUGUAAACAGAGUGUAAAGUUAGCUUCGUUUCAGCCAAAUAAGUCAGCCUCAUAUGACACGGGUUGUGUAACAACAUCAUCAACGUUACUUCGGUGCACUCUGUUAAAACAAGCAGCAAAGUGAUACUACUGCAGAACCACUACUGCUUCUACGUUAAAACUUAAAACAAACUACGUAGUAACACUGCUGCACAACUACUGCUGUUUGACUCCUAGCUUUUGCAAUAUAACCGGCACUAGAAAUGAGUUUUCUUCAUAAAAUGCUUUGAGAUUCACACUAUAGUCUAACAUUUGCAACCAAAUCAAAGAGAUUUCUCUUCAAGUUCAAACUAACUGAACCAUCAGCAGGUCAUUAACACAAUGAGAUAAUAACCCUGCAAUCUACAUACAAAAGGCUUUCUAUAAAAUUCACC